AUGGCAGGGCCAUCAAUUGGUUUUCAAUUCAGUGCAAUUACUCUCAGCAAAUUUAUUCUUCUUAAUUCAACUCCAUCUAUAACACCAAAUGAUCCAAGAUGGCUUGGAGCUUGGUGGCUUGGAUGGAUAGUGUUUUCAGUUAUAAUUUUUAUCAUGGCCUUAAAAGAAGUUGUAUCAUUUUGGAGUACAAUUGAAGCUUUCAUACGUUUAGCAAAAAAUAAAACAUUGGUAUGCAUCAAUAUAGCAUCUGUUCUUUUUGUUUUUGGCUAUUGUCCAUUUUGGUAUCAUGUUGUUAAAUACAUUGAAGUUGUAUAUCAACUAUCAGCAUCAGUAUCUGCUUCUGAAACAGGUAAUGUUUCUUUAUGGUGUGGUGGAUUAGGAAUAAUAUUAUCUGGAAUAAUUGUUGCCACAUUUAAACCAAGUGCUAGAUAUUUAGCAGGAUUUAAUGCAUUCUCAUGUGCUGUUACUUCUAAUUCUGGAAGAUUGUUAACAUGUACUGAUAGUUGUACAUGUGAAUUUUCUAAAUACAACCCAAUUUGUACUGAAGAUAACAGAACAUUUGUGUCACCAUGUCAUGCAGGAUGCCAGCAUUUUACUACUGGGGAAGAUGGUUCAAUAACUUACACAAAAUGUAGCUGUGUAAAUAGUAAAGAUCAAGGAUUACCAAGUGAAAUAUAUGACAAUCAUUUACCAUCACCAACAGAAAGAUUGGGUACAGCAAAACCUGGUGCAUGUAAAGUUGACUGCACGGAUCAAAAAGAUUUGUUUAUGAUUGUUUUUAGUGUUAUAACAUUCAUUGUAUCAGCUGGAGCAGUGCCAAGUUUCUUGCUUUCAUUGAGAUGUGUAGAUAAAAGAGACAAAGCUCUAACAAUGGGUGUUAAUCUUGCAAUAAUUGGUCUUUUUGCAUUAAUGAUAUCUCCAAUUAUAUUUGCACGCAUUUUUGAUGACACUUGUCUUUUUUGGGGUAAAACUAAUACCAGCUCAGGAAAUUGCUGGUUAUACGAUAGUGGAAAGCUACGAUACAGAUUUAAUCUAAUUUCAGCUGCUUUUGUUGGAGUUGGAACAUUUUUCUACAUGGCAGUUUGGUAUUUAGUAAGGGAUUUAAAAAUUUUUGAUGAUGAAAAAAAUCGAGCAGUAAGAUUUUAAAUAUGCAUCUUAAUUAUUGUUUUAAAAAUAAUUGUAAAAAUCUAUUUACCUUGUAAUAAAUAUUUGAAAAAAUUUAAUUCAA